AUGAGUUGCGUGCCAUGGAAAGGUGACAAGACCAAAUCGGAAUCACCAGAGCCGCCCCAGCUACCGCCACUGCAUAUUUACCAUGAGAAGCAGCGUAGGGAGCUGUGUGCCCUCCAUGCCCUCAACAAUGUCUUCCAGGACAGCAACGCCUUCACUAGGGAAACCCUGCAGGAGAUUUUUCAGAGGCUCUCUCCCAACACCAUGGUGACGCCCCACAAGAAGAGCAUGCUGGGAAACGGAAACUAUGAUGUGAACGUGAUCAUGGCAGCGCUUCAGACCAAAGGCUACGAGGCAGUUUGGUGGGACAAGCGCAGGGAUGUUAACGUCAUUGCCCUGUCUAAUGUGAUGGGCUUCAUCAUGAAUCUGCCCUCCAGCCUUUGCUGGGGCCCCUUGAAGCUCCCUCUCAAGCGACAGCAUUGGAUCUGCGUCCGGGAGGUGGGAGGCACCUACUACAACCUCGACUCCAAACUCAAGGUGCCCGAGUGGAUUGGAGGUGAAAGUGAGCUCAGGUAG